AUGUCAAAACUCUUUUUGGAACUAUCGAAGCGAGGUAUACAACAACGAGAAAAGCAAGGUGAUAGGAAGAAAAUGGAAGAAGAAGAGGUCAAAGAUGUGUUUCUAUGGAUGAAGAAGGACUUAGAUGAUGAAAGAAAAUUCAGAAAGCAGUCAGAGACUUUGCAUAGGAAGCUAACACGAGAGCUUUGUGAAGCGAAGCAUUGUUUAUCAAAUGCAUUGAAAGAUCUUGAGAAAGAGAGACAGGAACGUGUUCUUGUGGAAAAUCUCUGCGAUGAGUUUGCAAAAGCAGUUAAAGAUUAUGAAGAUAAGGUGAGAAGGAUUGGGAACAAGUCACCAGUGACUGAUAAAGUAAUUGUGCAGAUUGCUGAAGUGUGGAAUGACCAGAGAUUACAAAUGAAGCUAGAGGAAGAUGAUAAAGACGUUGAAACAUAUUUGCGACCUAAUGAGAAGAGUAGAUCACAUUCAAGUAAAGGAAGUGGUUUCUUGAGAGCAAAACCAGAUGAUUCAGUUUCGAUGCAUCAAAGGGUUUGCUUAAAGGAACUAGAAGAAGGGCUAGAAAAGCGAACAAGAAGAGAUAACAAAUUGCAGCUUAAGAAGAGUUCAAGCCGACUUCUUAAUCUGUCUAUGUCUUCGGAAGGAGAUAAGAUUCAUCCAGAGAGUAGUCCAAGUAACGUUGAUGAUCAUGAGAGUCGUCGAGAAAAGUCUAGAACUUUCUCGAAGAUUCUUCAGAGGAAUGUGAAUGCAGCGAUGAGAGAAGAUAAUCAUCGUACUCUCAAGGAUAAGCUGAUGGAAGCUCGUGUAGAGAGUCGACGUUUACGUUCUUCUUUGAAACCAGAGUUGAGUCCGAGUGAUCCGGUUCAAGCAUGAGCCAAUUAGAUAGUUCUCUCUCAUGUUGGAGUAAUUAUUUAGUUGCGGUCAAUGUUUGUUAGUAAUUGUUUACAUUGAGAUCUUUAUAUCUCUCUCUACUCCCUCUAGUUAACC